GACGAUGGCGCCGGCCCCAACACCACUGGGGCCAACGAGGAGUGGGCUUCUCAGGACCGCCCCAAGUACGACUAUGACCAAUUUGCCCGCACCGGCGGCUAUGAUGGCAACGUUCGUGUCUACCAGUGGGACGGCGAGGAGGGUGACAUUGGUCCCGAGUAUCCCGAGCUCGAGCUCGACAUCUUCGGUCCUCCUGACCAGCGCGACCUUGGCGGUGCGCUCGGCGUCGCGGGUCCCAGCUUGCACAAGAUAAACGAGAUCCAAUUCCAGCAGGAGGGUCAGAUUCGCAUCCUGCCCUGUCUCACUUUCAAGGACGCCGGUCUGCACCCGGCUAUGGUCAAGAACGUUGAGCUCUGCGGUUACAAGGUUCCUACCGCCAUUCAGAAGUACUGCAUUCCGGCUAUCAAUGAUGGUCACGAUGUCAUUGCUAUUGCGCAGACCGGCUCCGGCAAGACUGCUGCCUACCUGAUCCCCAUUAUCAACAAACUCAUGGGUAAGGCGAAGAAGCUUGCGGCUCCUCGUCCCAACCCUUCUACUUACCGUCAUGGCUACGACGCCCCAGUUCGUGCCGAGCCCUUGGUUUGUAUUGUCGUCCCCACCCGGGAGUUGGCCGUCCAGAUUUUCAUGGAGGCCCGCAAGCUCUGCUACCGCAGUAUGCUACGCCCCUGCGUUCUGUACGGUGGUGCUCCCAUCGCCGACCAGGCCUACCAGCUGGCCCUGGGCUGUGACAUCUUGAUUGCGACUCCCGGUCGCCUGAUAGACUUCAUAGACCGCCCUACCGUCAUGACGUUUCGCCGCCUGAAGUUCAUGGUCAUUGACGAGGCCGAUGAGAUGCUGCAUGACGAUUGGUCUGAGGACUUCUCCAAGAUCAUGGGCGGUGGCGGUGAAGAGGGUGAGAUCCAGUACCUGCUCUUCUCGGCCACGUUCCCCAAGGAUCUCCGCGAGCUUGCCUCUGAGCACCUGGCUACUGAUCACGUCCUUUUCCGUGUUGGCCGUGCCGGCAGCACCCACGAAAACAUUCACCAGCAAAUUAUCGAGACGGCUCCUUCCAUGAAGCGAACGGCUCUCAUGGAGCUUCUCAACUCGAUGCCCCCUGCUCGGACCAUCGUUUUUGUCAAUCAGCGCCGCACUGCCGACGAGCUUGACGAUUUCCUGUACAACUCUGGCAUGCCCAGCACUUCGAUCCACUCUGAUCGCACCCAGCGUGAGCGUGAGGAUGCCAUGCGUUCUUUCCGCGCUGGAAAGACCCCCAUCCUGAUCGCGACCGGCCUGACAGCCCGUGGUAUCGAUGUUCGAAACGUUGUUCACGUCAUCAACUACGACCUCCCCUCUGCCGACCAGGGUGGUAUCGAGGAGUACACCCACCGAAUCGGUCGCACUGGUCGCAUCGGUCAUCAGGGCCUUGCUACGUCGUUCUACACCGACCGCGAUGAGCCCUUGGCCCCUGUUCUCGUUCGAACCCUUUUGGAGACCGAGCAGGAAAUUCCCGAGUUCCUAAAGAGCUACAUUCCCGAGGAGGGUGAGCUGAACAAGUGGGAGUCUGAGGGAGACUUCGCCAUGGGUAUGACCGGCCCUGAGACUGGUGAUGGUGGCACCUGGAACGUUGGUACCAACGAUGGUGAUGCUGGCAACGCUUGGGGUGGUGGCCCCGACGCUGGCGGCUCUGGAAACGCUUGGGGU